CAAAGUCACGAGCGAUGGGCAAAAGUUGCUGGUAAUCCUGAACUCCUGAUACUUCUAAAUCCAAAAAUAUUACAAAACAUGCAUUUUUGGAAAGCUGUUAACAGUAGAAAUCUUCACUUACUUUACUGUUCCGUGCGGCCCGUAGCUGUGCACGCUUCCGAAAAUGUUUGGUAUACAGUAUAAAUUAUCAACACUACUGUCGGUCCAUGUAUGAUGAGUUCAAAGAUGCGCGUCAUACCUUGUCACGCCUCGCCGCAAAUGUCGAAGGGAUGAAAUGGACAUAUCCCAUCUCACGUGGCUGCUGCGUUUCCGGGCAUUCACACAUUGUAAACACUGCAGCUGGCGUGCAGGCUGUGUUGUGGCCGCACUGGCUCCAGCCCGACAGGCCUCAUCUGGCCGACAGCCGCCUCCGCCUCCGGCUGACCGAGGAUUCACCACCGACGAGAACAAGUAUGUGCACGUCUGGGCGGACGGUGCGUGCCGCAGCAACGGGCGACGUGACGCGCGCGCCGGCAUCGGGGUGUGGUUCGGACCAGGCCAUCGGCUGAACGUGUCUGAGCUGGCCGCGCCGCCGGCCACCAAUAACAGCGCAGAGCUGCAGGCGGCUGGCCGCGCGCUCCGGCUGGCCAGACAGGCGGGCUUCUCGCGUGUCCUGGUGCACACCGACUCACGCUUUGUGAUUGAGUGCGCCACCCGCUGGCUGCGCGUCUGGCGAAAGAACGGCUGGCGACUGGCCGGCGGCGGUCCCGUCAAGAAUCGUGCGCAGCUCGAGCAGCUGGCACGCGCCAUGGACGACGUCACCGUGAAAUGGAACCAUGUUCGUGGGCAUUCUGGUGACGGUGGUAAUGCGGCGGCCGAUCGGCUGGCCGUGGCCGCCGCCCAGCUCGGAGACGGCUCUCGGACGCGGACGGGUUCCGGGCACCGGCAGCCAGCGCCCGACACCGUCCGACGGCGGACUGUUGUCGGCGGGGACGGUGCCGCUGGGCCCCAGCCGGGUACUGCCACGUGACGCCAACCCAGUCCGGUCAGUGUUCACUCUGUGCACGGCGCCUUGUGACGGUCAAGUCAUGGAUGAAGUUCUCUACUUGACCAUGGAUGCCUUCAUCCAUGGUUAAGUGUCCCGUCUCGUCAAUAUUCCGUUCUAUCUCGCGUCCUUAGGCAAUGGCCAGUCGCAAACAAGUGUUGAACUGCUGACAUGUGCCCAUCAAAUCCACCAACGUCCAUCAAAUCGGCAUGUGAUGCUGUGCGGAAAAUACUGAAUUAGCUGUGAGAUGACCAAUUA